CACGUCAGCAAUUUAUAAAUCUUGGAGGUUCUAGAAUUCGAUUGAAAUCCACCAGACAAAAAGAAAAUAAUAGGAAUUCAGAAAUGGACAACAUCCCCGAAGACAAUCUACAUAUUUGUUUAGAGUGUGGUAGGAUUGUAUGCAGGCAAGAACAGCAGACACCAUUUCUCUGCCCCUCUUCGCAUCGUAACUUCAACAAAUCCAAGUUUUGCUCCUUUGUCUCUGAGGGAAACAUCGCCAAUUGCAAACCUGGUACAGGUGUUCUCAUUCUCUCUAGACUAGUAUCUGACGCAAUGCAGGUGUAGAGCAACUAACUCAAGAACGAGACUGUUUGCUUAUAUACUCUCAAAUUGACCCUGAGGUCAUCGUUGAGAAGGUUCCAUCGUUCUGUGCAGUGUCAGCUCCAACAA